AUGUCCACCAUAAGGACGAUGGUCUGGACCCCAGUGUCGAUAGGCUACGACAACGUCACCCCCUGGUUAGUUGCGCGGGGGUGUCGUCCCCGAAACAUGACGCUCGUUUUCUCGCCUUGGCAUUGGAAUUUUGAUACUUCUAUCCACGAGACCCUCAUUGCUGCAGGAACAGCGUUGGAUCAUCUUUCGCUAUUUAUCUAUGAUUUUUGCAAGAUAACACCUGAAUUCUCUCGCAUUCCAGCAAACCCCAAAAUAUCGACGUUGUGUAUUCGUUUGGUGAACAGCGACUCCUCCAUUGGGUAUUCCCGUGUCGCACCAUUUGUCAAUCUGCCUGCCCUAUGCGAGGUACUCCAGAGUAUUGGGACUAAGCAUACCAAGCUGCAGCAGUUACUAUUGGGCUUCGAGCUUGAUCAGCCAUGUCUGGAUACCGACUGGUCGGAGACGGACGCCCUCCUUGCUCGCAUUCUUAUAUUCCGCCCGCACCUUGCUGUCACAAUCCGCGUUUCCCCUCAUAGCAAGCGAAAUGAUGGACAUGAGUGGAUGGGGUCCUUCGUGAGAGCGAUGCUCGACGGUCUGUCGCGUUCGCUGGCGACGGCAGGCCGUGUGACCCUGGUAUGGGCCUUCCAUCGUAGUCAGCUUCUUGACUCGUAA